UAAUGAUUUUUAUAUGCAAGGUGAUUCAGGAAAUCGUAGCUAGCUGUACAUAAAAAGAAGUUACUAGUGUUAAUAUACAUCUUUUCCCACAUAAAGUUAAAAUGGGAAGACUAGUGUUCCUUUUCAUCUUUGUAUGCUUUACGAAGAACAUAUUGCAAGGUAGAGCUCAAGGUAUAACUAAAGCAAAAGACAUCACAGUUGUUGUCCCACCUGAAGAAGAGAAUGAUGCUGAAGCUGGUGCUGUGUAUGUCAGAUGGGGUAAACUCACCUGCCCAUCAAAUGGAGCUGUGAUGCUUUAUAAUGGAUAUGCUGCAGGUGGGCCUCAUAAUCGACCAGGCAAUGGUGCAAACUAUCUUUGUGCACCGAAAGAUCCACAAUAUCUGAAUGAUACAAAAAUCUCUGUCACAUCAUACUUAUAUGGAUCUGAGUUUAUGACAAACAAUCAAGUAUUUACUGGUGCUACAAACCUUAAAAAUGUUCCAUGUGCAGUCUGUCAUUCACAGAGGAGAUCAUCUUUAGUCAUGGUCCCAGGCAAAACUUCAUGUCAUGAGGAUUGGACAAGAGAGUACUAUGGUUACUUGAUGACAAGCCCUUCUGGCUAUGUUCAAAAUAUGAAGUAUGAAUGUGUUGAUUCGCUUCCAGAUACCAUUCCUGGUACUCAGAGUGAUGCAACCGGAGCAAUUUUCAGUUUUGUUGUAGUUGUUUGCGGUAACGGGCUGCCUUGUGGGCCCUAUGAUGGAUCAAAGGCAGUUACUUGCUCAGUAUGUACCAAGUGAUCAUGUAGCAUUAAAGUUACUUAACACUUUAGGUUUAGUAUAAUUACUGAUUAGUUUCAUUUAUAUUGUUUGGUGAAUCAAGUCAUAAUGAAUGCUUAGAGAGUUAA